UUUCUUUUAAAAGGAAAGAGUCCGAAACCUGUCUUAUGCGGAAUGCCUCGAGGAUUUACUUAAAAACAUACAUAACAAAAUUUUGACAGAUGGUUACAAAUUCAAAGAACCACAUGCACAUAAUCUCCUUCUAAGAUGCUUAUCAUGUAUCCUGUUUGUAAUCUUACUGAGGUUAUCACUUAACUUGGACGGUAAAUUUAUCAAUGUACCUAUUCACGAUAAAACAUAUCAUUGCUACAGAUCGGAAAAAAUACAUAAUUAUUAUUGAAUGAUCGAUUUUAAAGAGAACAGUGUUGACAUUCAUAAAUGUUAAUCAUAUGUUGUCAGUAAUGAGACAAUGGUAGUGCCACAGGAUAAAUUAGAUUUUACAGUCUAUUACACUUGAUUUAAUCAGAGUUUAGAUUCAGAUUACAAACACGAUUUAUUCUGGUAGAGUUUUUACCACAGAUGUGAUUUUCUUCUUGGGAUUUAAACAGUCCACAGUUGAAGUUUAAUAUCAUAAAAGAUGACAUCAAAGCAAAGCACCUGGUGCUGCUGUUUUAGUGGACGUCCUCCAGAAAUAACACGUCUUGAAGAUCCUAUCCAACCCAUUCAGAUUGACAUUCCCAUGCCAGAUGAUGAAAGUGAGAUUGAUACAAAAUUUUCGGAGAUUGUGGCUGAACUAGAUGUUGAUCAAGCCCACAGAGAUGCUUUAUUUAAUUUGCCACCAGACAAGAAAUGGCAACUAUAUUGCAGUAAAAUUCAGGACAGAGAACUGCCAGACACCUAUAUAGAUAACAUCAACAGUUUAUCUGAUACUAGAGUAAGUUUUGAUGACUUCAAAGAAGAUCAGGGAUUGGAAAUUGUGGAUGGUCUGAAAACAGCACUCAGGACACAACCUAUGAGUUUUGUGACAAGAUUUCUGGACAAGGAAGGUUUAGAAUGUUUACUGAAUUUUCUUAAAAGAAUGGACUUUACCACUAUGGAGAGCAGUAUACACACAUCUAUUAUAGGAUGUAUAAAGGCUCUUAUGAAUAAUUCUCAAGGAAGAGCUCAUGUAUUUGCUUUCCCUGAUAGUGUAAACAUCAUUGCUCAAAGUUUAUCAACAGAAAAUAUUAAAACAAAGACUGCAUUGUAUGAAAUACUUGGUGCAAUGUGUCUGGUUCCUGGUGGUCAUAAAAAGGUUCUAGAGGCAAUGUUACAUUACCAGAAAUAUGCUGCAGAAAGAACCAGAUUUCAGAGUUUGAUAUUUGACCUUGAAAGAAGUACAGGAAGGUACAGAGAGGAAGUGAAUCUGAAGACAGCUAUAAUGUCUUUCAUCAAUGCUGCUCUCAGAUGUGGUCCAGGGCAGGAAAGUUUAGAAUUUCGUCUUCAUCUUCGAUAUGAGUUUCUUAUGCUUGGUAUACAGCCUGUUAUAGAUAAACUAAGAAACCAUGGAAAUGCUACUUUAGAUAGACAUUUAGACUAUUUUGAAAUGAUGAGAAAUGCUGAUGAAAAGCUGUUAUGCUCAAGGUUUGAAAAUGUACAUGUAGAUACAAAGAGUGCUUACAGUAUGUUUGAUGUACUGAGAAAGAAGUUAACCAUGAGUAGUGCUUACCAAAACUUUAUGUCUAUAAUGCAGCAUCUAAUUCUACUUCCAUUUGGCAAUGAUAUGAACAUAGUUGGAUUAUGGAAAGUUAUUGACCAGAUUGUGCAGCAAGUAGUGCUACAACAGAAGAAUGGCAAGGAUCCAGAUGUGGGAACAGUAGAAAUGAAUGUCAAAAAUAUUGUUAGACAAAUGACCAGUGAGACAGACCUACAGAGUUUACAACAGAAAUUAAAAGAUCUGUCUAAACAGAAUGAAGAAAUGGAAAGUAAACUGGCAAAGAAAGACCAUGAAUGUGAAAUCAAAAAUGAAGAAAAGGCUGAGUUAGCAGCUACAGUAACCAGAAUGGUGGCAAAACUUGAUAGUCAAACAGAUUUAAAGCAAGUUAUAGAUAAACUGAAUAUGGAGAUUGAAAUGCUGAAAGCACAGUUAUCAGCCAAACCACAAGACAGUAGAAUAUCAGACAUGGUCAUCAACUCUUGUAGUAUACCUGAUGAUGCAAAAGUAGGAAUCUCAACCUCAUCUGCUGACGCAUACUACAAAUCAUUAGCUCCAGCACCCCCACCCCCUAUGGCUCCACCACCACCCCCAGCACCAGGUGCUCCUCCUCCACCACCAGCUCCAGGAAUGAUGUCAGGAAUGGGUCAAUCAAGUAAUCAUCCUAAACCUAAGAAACCAAUGAAGUCAUUAAACUGGGAUAAAAUUCCAGAUAUGGCUGUUUCUGGGACUGUUUGGAAAAGUUUGCAACAUGAAAAGGUGUAUUCAAAAUUAGAUUUAAAUGAUUUUGAAAAGACAUUUUCUGCUUAUCAAAAAAAAAUAGAAGGCGAAGAACAAUCUAGUAAGACUAGUAAACACAAAGAAUUAGCUUUGAUUGAUGGACGUCGUGCUCAAAACUGUACAAUAUUGUUAUCUAAACUGAAACUUACCAAUGAGGAAGUGAUAAAGGCUGUGACGGAUAUGGACAGUAGAGAGGAUUUACCUAAGGACAUGUUAGAACAGCUGUUAAAAUUUGUGCCAACUACAGAAGAAAUCCAAACAUUAAAUGAGCAUUCACAGGAAGUAGAUAAUAUGGCAAGGGCAGACAGAUUCUUGUUUGAAGCCAGCCAAGUUUUCCAUUAUGAAGCCAUUUUAAAAGCACUUUAUUUCAAGAAAAAGUUUCCAGAACGAUUAGGUGAUAUUAGACCAAAAAUAAAUGCUGUGAUAGAUUCAUCAACCACAAUGAUGAAAAGUACAAAGUUACGACAACUUCUAGAGAUAAUCUUAGCCUUAGGUAACUUUAUGAACAGAGGACAGAGAGGGAAUGCCAAAGGUUUUAAACUAAACAGUCUAAACAACAUGUUAGACACUAAAUCGAGUAUGGAUAGAAAUGUUACACUGCUCCAUUAUCUUGUGGAUAUACUAGAGAAAAGGUUUCCAAAGAUCAUGCCACUAGAAAGUGAGUUGCCAGAUGUAAAGUUGGCUUCAAAAGUCAACAUGGGAGAGCUAGACAAAGAAAUAGUUGUUUUGAGGUCAGGUCUUUCAGAGAUAGAAAAGGAAAUAGUGUUGUUUGAGAAACAGUCCAUGCAUGGUAAAGUGAGAUUUGUCAGUGUGAUGACUGAUUUUGUAGCUGUGGCAUCUUAUAAUUUCUCAGAAAUAGAGGAAGCUUAUACAGAAAUGACAAAUAAGUUUAAAGAAGCAGUAAAAACAUUUGGAGAUAACUCAGAUGAUUCUAAGCCUGAUGAUUUUUUUGGAAUCAUGGAUACUUUCAUUAAUUCAAUAAAUGAUGCAAAACAAGAAAAUGAGAGAAUAAGACAGUUGAAAGAAGAAGAAGAAAGACGGGCAAAGUUAGAAGAACAGAUGAAAAGAGAAAGAGAAAAAUUAAGAUUGAAAAAAGGCGAGAAUGCAAAUGGCAAAGCUGGGUCUGCCAAAGGAGAAUUUGACGAGCUUAUAUCAGCAUUAAGGACAGGAGAUGUAUUUGGAGAAGAUUUGUCAAAGAUGAGAAGAAACAGAAAAAGAGCUGUUACUCCACAAAGGGAAGACUCAAGAGAAAGAGCUGGUGCAAUGAAAACUGCCAGGGCCAUACUUACUGAACAGUAAAUGUCACUUUACAAGCAAUGUGGCAAUGUAUGUCAUAUGGUCGUAACUUGUAUUGGUUGUGUACUUAGUGCUCUCGUUAGUUAUUGAAACAAAAUGACUUCUUAAAUUAUGCACAUGCAAUAUGUGGAAUACAACAGAAGAAUUGCAGUUUUUUUCAUGACAAACUAGUGUUUAUUAAUAUUCAUGUAGAAGAACUGUAAAAUUUCUUUAAUUUCUAUUCGAAAUAACAUACUAAAUUCAAGUUAUAGUCCUUUCUGAUGAGUGGAAUGAAUGAAAUGGAAUCUCAUAUGUUCAGUUGUUGGAAAAUGCAAGCUCAGGCUUGGAUAUUCUUGCUUCAAAUCAAAAUUAUCUAGACUUUGAAAUGGCAUUUAUUGAAAGAAAAUAGAAAUUUAUUGAAGAGAACGAUCUGAGAAUUAUGUUCUGCUUGCAGAUAUAAUUACAAGAUGAUAUUAAUUAAUUUUGAAGAGUAGAAGUAUUUAAUUUUAGAUUAAAAGAAAUUUUGAAAAUAUGCUGAUAUUUUUUUUCAAAUACUUAAUUCUUUAUGGACAUAUAAUGUAUAUUAAUUUCUUUAAUCAAUUAAUACAAAUUUAUAAACCUGAUAUACUUUAGAAUACCACUAAAUUACUUUUACUGUUACUGUAAAUCUUGAUUAUACAUUAGAGUUUUUUCCUUGUUUUGAAUUUAAAAAUGUAUUUUGCCAUUGUCUAUUACAUGGUAUUUAUGCUAUGGUCAUUAUUGGAAAACAGCUUAAUAAAAUAUGCAUAUAAGUCCUAAAUAAAUAUUGAAUGUCAUUCCCUUAUAAGAAUCUCAGUUACUGAUAUUUAGAGAAUUUUGUAAGAGGUUCUUUUACAUGGCAUUGACACAUUUUGAUAGAGAAUAUUAACUUCUUUUAGAAUUUAGAAUACUUUUAAAAUCUCAUGAAACAGUUUGAACUUAAAUAUUUCGAUCAAUAAAAUGAAAGGGUAUCUGGCCAUUGAGCAAUACCUUUUUGAGGCAAAACAGAAUCAUAAUAAUGAUAACAACACAAUGGCAUUCAAACUGUACACAAGUUUUUAUAAUGAAAUAUGAAAGCAAGCAUGAAGAAAUAAGUAUACAAAUGUGCAACAAGUGGAAUGAAAGGCAGAAUUACUUAAUAAUUUAUUUUACACAGUUCACUUAAUGUAUUAUUAUAGUUGUUGUUCCUGAUAUGUUGUUCUAGUAAUGACUGUGUUAUUAGUUUUAUAUUUAUAUUUAGUUUUUUCAUCUGGUUUAUUUAAUUGCUCAUUUAUUCACAGGUGUAAAAAGGUUGAUAUUAGACUUUUUCCUCAAAGUGGGUGGGAUCAUGUAGAAUUUCAUAAAUUAGUCCACUAAAAUUUCAUCUACUUACUUGAUAAACUUUGUAUUAAUAAAGAAGACCUUUCUACCUUUUCAAAUUCAGUGUUUACAUUGAAAACCAUUUCAAAAUGAUACAUAUUUUCUUGCAAGUGGUCUAUUCUAUUUUAAUAUUUGCAGGAAGUUUGUAAGAAGCUUUUAGCUGAUGAAUUCGUAAUGUCAGUUUCAAUUUCUUCAGUCCAGAAUUUUCUAAACUAGAAAUAUGUAACACUAUAAAUGACCAGAUGCAAGAAAAAGUAGAGCAGUCUUUGCGGUUACAACCAAAAUCAUACAAGCAUUAACUCUUUUUCUCAUUUAUAUCUUAAUUUUAUUGAGAGAUGUUUAAACCAAAAUGGAUCAGUUGGAAAUCCCGUUGAUUAAAGUUGAAAGUCACCUGAACAAUAUUGAUUUCAAUACCUAGCAAAUGUUGGCAUAACUGAAGGUAAAAUUUGAAUUAAACUGACCAGUUGUAAGAAACUUUGUUGACAUUUGUAUGAGUUUUGGUGUAAUGCUAUGCUAGAGAGGGAUAUUUAUACAUUUAUUGGAUAAUAUUUUAUGAUACACCACCUAGACAUCAACCAUUGUAAAUUGAGAGUAAACUUACUUUGCUUGAUUCAAAUGCUGUUUCAGUCUAACAGCUGUCACACUUAGUGAGAUGGCCAGUUAUAUAGUGAAUCAAGAAAACAUUUCUUCAAAAUAGGUAAGGGUCCCCUAAGUUUCCAUAUAAUCAACAGUUUCAAUACCUGUUCAUAUAUAUUUCAUUUUUAUUUCUAAGAAUUGGUUUGGUUUUCAGGUAUUUGCAAAUUUCCAAGAUAUGCUACCUCUGUAAGAUUUUUAUUUUACUCAAGGUUUAACCUUGUUAAGUAAUUACCUCAGUAAGGACCAAACUAAAAUUCCAGAGAAUAAUUUUAAAUGUUUAAGUACAAAAUUGAAGGUAAUGCAUUAUAUAUCAACUACUUAAGAUUAAUAAAAAGAUUUAUUCUACAGAUUACUCAAUGUAUUGUUUAUUUCAUAUACACCAUCAAUUUGUCUUGUAAUCAAUAUACAUAUUCAUAGAAUUAUUUAUCAGAAAUUCUAUUAAGUACUUUUGUAUUUUCUUGUACCUGAAAUUCAUAGAUUUAUUUAUUAAGUACUUCUGUAUUCUCUUAUACCUAAACCAUGACUGUACUUGUAAUCAGUAUUAUACAUACUUUAUUUACUAUAAUUUACAAUUAGUUUGUAUCAGUAUAGGUUGUAUUAUGCAUACAAUGUAAAUACAAAUUUAUGUUUAUUUUAUUCAGGGGGGAUACAAAUAUAGAGGUUAUAUUGUGGUUUUAGUCUGUCAUCAUUUUAAAUGUAUUGAUGAAUUUUCAGAACUUUUAUCUAAAUAUACUUAUGGACUUGCUUUGAGCUAGGUCAGAACAGUGAUAUGUGUAUAUCCCUACCAUAAUUGUACAUGUGAUUAUUUAAAACGCUUUGGAUGUGCUGUGCAAAGCUGAUGUUAGGAUUUCAACAAAAAUUAAAAAUAAACUUUUGUUAUGCUAUUCAUCUAGUAAAGUUUUUUUAGGACUGAAGGUGGUAGAAUGUUAUUGGAGAUAACUCUUUAAAUCAUUAAUAUGUUUGUAAUUAUUAGUUUCAUGUUGUUUCAUAGAUGCUUUUUAAAGCAUUCAUAUGAAACAGAAUUAGUAAUUUGUGUUACUUAGAAGCUUAAUAUGUAUUUGUGAAAAUGCUUUACACAAACGUACCAGUGAUUUUAAAGAGUUAUGGCUCUAAAGCUAGGUGAACGGUUGUAAAUUUAUAUUUUUUCUUGCUCUGGAACAUAGUAUUUGUCCAAAUUAAAUUUAGUAACUUUAAUUUGAGUUAGUAGUACAAAAACUAUGAAUAUUUGACUACAUGAUGACUACAGUAUGUAGACCUUGAAGUAUUUAAAAAAAAAAUUUUUAUUGAUAACUAGAAUACCUUUUGUCAGCAUAGUAAUAUGAUUUUGUUGACCAAAAGUUUUUGAUGUGUAAGAAAAUUUUAACAUCUUGCUUGAAAUAACAACUGUGUUGACUUGACUUUAGAUAUCAAUACCAUAAUACACCAGAGGUUUGCUUGCACAAAAAUGAUGUCAUAUCUUAUAUAAAGAUAAUUUUUUUAAUGUAAUCUUUUGAAACAGUAAAAAGAGAAAACAUUGAAAGAAAAGAAAAAGCUGUAGAAAUGUUUUGACAUAUUUUGUUGUAUGGUGCUGCUGCUAUUUAAAGAUGGAUAUUUUAUUAUAAUUUCAAUAUUAUAUACUUUAUAGGUCAAACAAGGCUGUACCUUAUUUCAGUAAUAUACUUAUCUGAGAAUUACACAAUAUAGCAAUUUUUAACUGCUGAUAUUAUAUUCAUAAAUCAUGUGCCAAUUAUAACUUAUCAAUGUCAUUUCAAAUACUGCUUCAUAUAUAACAUUUUACAUAUUUAAAAAAUUAGAUUGUAUUCCAGUAAAAUUACCUCAAUUUCAAAACAUUGAAAUCCGAUAUUCAUAAGUCACAAGUUUCAGAUCAAAAGAUGAGUAGAUAUAUCAAAUUCAGAUGUUCAGCUUAUUCAUUUGAUGCAAUAGCUUGUUCUCUGUAAAGGUGCAAUAUAUAUAAUUUACAUCCGACAUCUGAAUUUAGGUGUAAAAAAAUUUCCCUGUUUGUUCAAAAUUUUCAGCUUUAAAUUAACAUUUUUUUCAAAUUUUGUCAAUGUGUUCAUAUUAUAUCUUGCCAUAACUUGAAGACCAGUGAAUAUUUUCAUUUAUAGUGUAGAUAUAAGUUUUAGCAAUAUGUACGAAAAAAUGUAUGAUCCAAGAUCUCUGAAUAUUUUUUGGGAUGAAAAUUCCUGUUUUUCUCAAAACCAACUAGAGUAAAAAAUUGUUCUGUACCUUUGAUUUUUAUCAGGUCAUAAAAGUUCAUUCACUUUGAUAGCAAAAAACAUUUUGCUAUUUAAAACACAAUUUUUCUUCCCUUAUAUAUGUUUUGUUUUUUGAUUGGAAAUAUUAGUACGCUGAUGUUGCACACUUCGAAUGAUGCACAGUCAAUUGAACAGUUUACGCCAGAACAUCAAGUUUAUAUCAAAAGUCAAGUUUAAAAGUGUUUUUGUGUCAAUCAUUGUUUAUAUGAUGCCCAAAGGAUUAAAAUGCUUGCCUCAUGUUACUAAGUCUUAAGGGAUUGAAAUUGGGAUAAGACAAAAAAAGUCUGGAUGGCUCAAAUAUUUUUUGGAAGCCCUGAAAUUUGGAAUCAGUUUAAUUUAAGAUGAUAUCAUUACAUACAGUGAUGUUUCAAUAUUAUAAAAAAAUAUUUGCAAUUUCUAUACUUAAUUUUUAGCCAGUAUUUUUUUUUAAGAUCCAGCAAUAUCAUCUAAUGUUUCACUUAAAAAAAAUCCUGCAAUGUCUUUCUAUUAAGAAUGCCAAAUACUGCCAAAUUUGCUUUACUCAAUACCCUAUCUUAAAACAGCUGCAUCUGUAUCUUUACAGAACUAACAGCACAAAACAAUUUUGAUUUGUACCCUAUAAUAUUAUUUAGUCUUAACAGGAUUUUUCCUGGCAUAUUCCCAUUUACAGAUAAUACUAUACAGUAAUAACAUCAUUUACACAAUACAAAACUUUUUCUAUUUACAUAAUACUGUCUAACUGCCAGUCACAUGAUUUGAUUUAUUGUAAGAAUCUGUUAAAAAUGUGUAUGCAUAUUAUAGGAUAACAAUAGUUUACUAGUACUAUAGAAUUGGAAGUGUUCUUUGUGAAAUGAAACUGCUGUAUCUUUCUUUUAUGAUAAUGAAUCACAAUUUAUUUAUUUUAUAUUAUAAAAAAUAUUUUCCCACUUUUCUGAUUACAAUUUACCGUGUGUAAAUAUGAACUGUAGUGAACAUUCAGUUUAUUGCAUAAUUAAACAGUUUCACUGUCAAUGUUUUGCACUAAUAUUGGUAUUUUCAGCUAAUCUUUAGAUGUAAAGAAGAAACACUGUAUGUACUGUGUGCACUUUAAAGUCAAAAUACAAUUAUUGAAUGGAACAGCUUUCUUUCUGAUUGGUUUUGUUUUGAUAUAUUUAAGAAACACUCAUUUUAGUCAUUUACUGAUGUGUCUGGACAUUUUUCAAAUGCUGUGAGUCACUCUUAGAUGUCUUUCCAUGUUUUACAUGGAUAUCUGUAUAUAUUAUUUUUAGGAAUAAAUAGAAGCAAUUUGGAAAAUCCAGCAACAGCGUCAUUGGAUCAGUUCCAAUUCAGCUUGAAUAUAACCACAUUAUAAAAAAAAUGUAACGUUUUAAACUUGUAAUUUAAUGGGAUAUUAUAUUGUAACAGAUACCACAAAGAAAGUAAUUAAAAUUAUGACAAGAAGUGUUUAAAAAAUUUGGCAUUCUUACUUUUUUUUUAAAUCGUGCUCAGUAGUUAAAGUUGCAGGAUUUUUCGAUUUGUUUCUGUUUGGUGAUUGUGCAAUGUGUUAUGAAGGCAAUAGAAACCAAACCACCUGAUCUGAUUUGUGUGUGUCUGUGGUAUGAUUUUGUUAUUUUGUACUAUUUAUACAGCAUUUAUUUUAUAUAAUUUAUAUAUUUACAUUUAUUGUGUUAUGAAAGUUUUCUUUUGUUAAUUUUGUAACAAUAAAUUUUGUAACCAU